AUGGUUGCUUUGCUACUAACCAUCACUGAACAAUCGCGCGCAACCAUCAUGAGCGCGGCCGAAUCGCCCUCGGGGGCUGACCAAGUCGCAUCUUCCGCCGCGCGACGCAAAUCCGGACGCGUAUCCAAGAAACCUGCCAGAUUCGCGCCAGGCGCAAGUCCAACCGGCAGCACCAAGCGAAAGCGCGGCGACGACAGUGACAGCGGGGUCGACGCGACUGAGCCGCCAUCCGAGGAAGAGUCUGAGGAAAGCAGCGAGGGCGAACCAGAUGAGGAGGAAUUGAGGGAGCGCAGGCGCAGGAAGAAGGCCAAGGCAACUGCGCGCAAGCCUGCAUCCAAAAAGGCCAAGACGAAUGGCGACAGCGUCAGUCUGGCCAUCCGACCCGCCAACAAUGCGACCAGGAAAGUGUCCAAGCGCCCACGAAAGGCACCUAUACGCAAGAGCGCGCUGCCCGAUGAGACGGAGGGACUAUAUGCCGACGUGUUUGCCAGCGGAGACCGACUCGAAGAUGUCACUGCACAAUGGAUCACUCGGUUCAACGAGCACGAGGCAAAGGCUCUAGCUGAGGUCGUCAACUUAGUACUGCAAGCUUCUGGAUGCGAUCUGCGGAUAAACGAAGACGACAUAUCAGACCCCGACAACGCGCCAAAUCGCGUAGCCGAGAUUCAGGAAGAGUUCCAGCAGUACGAAGUCACAGAGUAUCCGCUGAUCGCAAAGGCGAAAGACGGCGGCGGUCAAGCUUUCAGAAACGCGCUACAUGGCUUCUUCGUUACUCUGAUACAAACCGUAGCGCAGUCAGGCCUCUUGUACGAGAGCGCCGAGCUCAUCGAGAACAUCUCUGUGUGGCUGGGCGCCAUGUCUUCUACCGGCAAUCGUCCCUUCCGUCACACCAGCACUGUUGCUUCAUUAGCCAUUACGACCGCAUUGGCACAAGUUGCUGCUGACCUUGUCGAGAACACAGCCAAACGUGUUCGCCAAAGCGAAGCGGAAGCCAAGAAAUCGAGAGUCAACAAAGCCCGUGUCUCUGCGGCGGAUCAUGAGAUUGAAGAGUACAACCAAAAGCUGGAAUUUGUAGGCAGUCAGCUGGACGACUGGUUUGCGGCCGUCUAUGUGCAUCGGUACCGUGAUGUGGAUCCCAGGAUCAGGGUAGACAGUGUGGUAGCCCUAGCAGACUGGAUCAUCACAUACCCCGACAAAUUUUUCGAUGGCACCAAACUUCGCUAUCUGGGUUGGGUGCUUUCAGACCCAGUUCCAUCAACACGGAUAGAGGUUCUCCACCAGCUCGCGCGCUUGUUCAAAGACGAGAGUAAACUGGCCGGGCUCAAGACUUUCACCGAACGCUUUCGACCACGUAUCGUCGAGAUGGCCACGCAAGACGCUGAGAUCAAUGUGCGUGCUGCAGCAGUCGACCUGCUCGACAUACUCCGAGAGGCUGGCUUCCUGGAGCCCGACGAUAUCGAUUCGGUUGGCAAGCUCAUCUUCGAUUCCGACGCAAAAGUCCGCAAGGCUGUGGUAGGCUUCUUCGCUGAGAACGUCAACGCCGCAUACGAGGCUACUGUCGAGGAGAUGGGUGGUGAAGAGGCUCUUAACGAAGCCCUGGCACCACCUGAUGAAGAAGAAGAGGAGUACCACAACCCACGACUUGAAUGGUUGAAGCUGAAGUGUCUUGUCGACCAGUUACUCUCGUACGAUGAAGAUGAAGCUGAGCUGCCUUCACAGAUUCAACGCAUGUCGCCAGGCACUGAGUUGCUUUUGAUUGCCUCCGGUGUGGAGUCACGGCGCUCGCUCGCUGCACAAGCGUUGUAUGAUGUGAUUCCGGAAAUUCGAUCGUGGGAGGUUGUGGCUGGCUAUCUUCUCUACGACCAUUCUCAGACUGACCAGGAUGAGAGCGACGACCCUGAAAUCGUUCUUCGUCAAACAUGUCAACUCGAAGAGAAGCACGAGACCAUCCUCCUAGACAUUCUAAGUGCAGUGGUCAGUAGCAAACUGCAGCGCAUGGCGGAGGCACAGAAGGACAAGAAAAAGACCAAGACGCAGCGCGAGAACGACAUGGAAGACCAGUCAGAUAUGGCUCGGCGGCUUUCACUGCUGAUUCCUCAGCUCCUCAAGAAGUUUGGUGCUCUGCCUGAAACAGCAGCACUGUGCCUCCAAAUAGAACGCGAGCUAAAUCUGGACGUGUUCGAAGAAUUGCGACAGAACGCAGCUCUUACUGCCCUGCUCGACGACAUCAACAAGCAAUUCCUCACUCAUCACAACGAGCGUGUUCUCGGAGAGGCUAUCAAGUCAAUCUUACAUGCCCAAGGCAGUGAAGAGUUACGAGAGACCGUCGAUCUCAAGGUGCAAGCGCUAUGGGAUGACUUGACCAACACGUUCGAUGCUCUUCGACGAGACAAGGAUCUUUCCGUGCGAGGCAAUCUCGAUCAGAAUAUCCUCCGCGGCGUAUCCAAUGUAGUACUGAAGAUAGCGCAGCUAGUAACGGUCUCAGACGCUUCUGUGCUUGAUCAGCUCCCCGCCCCACCAAAAACAAAAGGCAGGGGCAAGAAGGCCGCCCUAACAACACCGCCUAUUGACUCAGUGUUGCAGAUACUCGAGCGCGGAGUGCCAGUCGAGGAUCUAGACGCAGAGAUUGAGGAGGCAGACGACACCCUUGUCCGCCAUGCUAUGUCGGUCAUGCUCAUGUACUUCAUGUGGAAGUGCAGAGAUUGCACCACGCAUGUCGAGGAGGGCACCAGCAUGCCAGAAGACGAACUCAUGUCCCUGGUCGAGCGAAGAGAUACCUGUAUCACAACAUUGAUGAGCAUCAUGGAGAGCCGAAAAGGCACAGAUGAAGUACGACUCAACGCUGCGAACCUCUUGCUAGACGUCUACACUAUGUUCUGCACACUCCGGGUCAAGAAGGACAAGGGCAGGGUCGCAAAGACACCGAAGAAAACACAAGGUCGCGCCUCAAACUCAGCCAACGAUGAUUGGGAAGCUCUCUGCCAGGACAUCGAUGACAACACCACGAAACUCAUCCUACAGACCCUCACAGCCUGGGAAAACCACUUGGCUAAGCUCACCAACAAGCGCCUUGAAGAGCCAGAUAUUGAUGACGAUCCUAUCGAUCCAGACGACGAUCCUGAGAGUGACGAAGAAGACGCUGCAGACGAGUCUGGCGUUUCCGAGAAGCGAGUACGUGCCGCUUUGGCAGAGCAAUCGCUUGACGCAUUCGGUGGCCGCAUCGUUCACGCCGUACUCGUCGGCGCCCUCGAUAGUGACGGUUCAGGCACCGUACGCAAGCGUCUUGAGCGCAACAAGAUGAAGCUCACACCCACCUGGAAGGAAAUCGUGAGCCAUCUUGACGUCGUCAAGCAGCGCAAAGUUGCCAAGAAGAGCAAUGCAAAGCCGAACAAGUCGGACGCCAAAUCGACCAAGAGUGCAGAAGUUGUAGAACUCGAUAGCGACGAGGAAGAUGAGGAGGGCCAGGAGCCAGAACACGAGGUUCCAGGUGACGAGAUCGAGGAUGAGGAAAUGGCUGACGGUGAUGACAACGCUGAGCAGACCAACGGUGUUGAACAACAGAGCAGUGAGAACGGCGAGGAACCGGAGAAGCAGCCUAAUGGCGACGAUGAGGAGACAAACGACAACCCCCGUCAAAACCCUCAACCACACAUCAUGUCUCACGAGUCGGUCUGGUACUCCCGCCCUAGGACUUACGGCAAGGGCUCCCGCGAGUGCCGCGUCUGCACCCACCCCGCUGGUCUGAUCCGCAAGUACGGCCUCAACAUCUGCCGUCAGUGCUUCCGUGAGAAGAGCUCCGACAUUGGCUUCGUCAAGGUAUGUUCUGCUUCAUACUUUAUACCUAUACUUCACAUCAUGUGCACGGAGGAACACUGA